AAAGCGACAGAGAAUGCUUCGUUCAUGAACGACCGCUAUGGCUGCCUUUUCUCGGUUGCAACUUGCAGCGGCCUUGUUGGAGUAUGACAAUGAUAAUCCCAAUCUCCCACAUCGUUCAGCUCACGAAUCAGCUAUCUUUGCGCCCUUGCGGCGUAAUACCCGCCCUUACGCAGUUUCUCGCGGGAGUGACCAUCUAGGCGUAUCUCUUCCGAGCGAAACGGGUAGCGUUGGUGGUCGUGAAUCAGUUCUUGAUGGGCGAAAGUCAAGGAGUUCUAUCGGUCCACUCAAGAACAUGUUCGCUGGGGAUGCCAUGGAAGGUGACAUAGAGGAGGAAGAGGAGGAAGAGGAUGCUCCAGAUGUCGACCUUACCUCUUGGGGAUUGGAUGCAUUCAUGUCGAAGGAGAAGGAAACGAGGAAUACCAAAGGAAAGGCCAAAUCUUUGCCGUCCGGACAAGCACUUCAAAAUGUUCCAUCUUUCCUGCCACAAACCGAUGCUAACGGAGGAGUCGGUGUCAUCAGACGUCCCAAGAACGGCAGGUCGUUGAGUGUUGGCAACUACGAUUUCCUAACCCCAAUGGACAACACGCGAAGACAGUCGAUUGGGUCUCCCCUUGACUUAGCCGGUCUCGAGGUACCCACGGCCUUUCAGCGACCAUCCCCCACCGUGUAUGAUGAUCCUAUACCUGUAGGAUUGAUUCCUUUUCCCACAAGGUCCAUACGUUCCCCCUCUCCAGAAGCUGGUCCUUCCCGACUCAGGACAUAUUCAAGUGGAAGUUUGGAACCUAAUAGGGUACUGAAUGAGAACCGACGUUCUCGUCUCCUGUCUACGGGGACGAUGGAUACCACAAGGAUGUUGGAUGAAGAUGAUAACCCAUUCGCGUUACGACCUCCCUCGCGUUCUUCCAAAUUUGAUCCCAAGGCGGCUGUACAUGCUCGCACGAUGUCAAAUGCAUCUCUUGGAUCGAGAAUGUUACUCGAGAAUGACGCUGUCUCAGUUAUGACCAUGAAUAAAAGACCGUCCAAUAUGGAUUUACUGCGUCCCAAAGUCCUGGUUAUGCCGAGCCCCCUUCAGUCUGCGGGACCACCUUUACCUGCACCGAAAGGAAGGGACGGGUUCAAAGUAUCCGCUGAUCCGCCGCUUCCUCCUGGAGCUCGAUCCUCUCGUCCCCCGAUAGCAUCAAAUUCGUUCACACCAAAUUCCAGUAGAGAUCUCUCCCUCUCUCAGAUGACAUUCCGAAACCAUUUGAUGGUAGACGGACAAAGAGACAUAAGUUUCAAUGAUGGGCUGCCACGUGCGUUGGAAGAGGGCGAACAAAUCAAGUUGGAGGACGAAGAGGUUCCUGUAGCUUACGAACCGGUUGCAAUACCAGUUGAUGAUGAUUCGCGCGCUGCAGGCCGACCUGCAGGCAAGUUGUAUGGGAAGAGUCUCAUCGACGAUCUGGAAAACCGUAAAAGUCAGAUGAAGGGCAAACAGCGUGUUUUUACCGGAGAUGAUCGGCCCUCCAUGAUGAAACGGGGUACUCUGAUAGAUCCUGAAUCGCUUCGACGUCCUGUUUCUCAAACCAUUGGUCCUGGCCUUUCGAGACGUGGCUCUCUGAACUCCCAGCCUUUACUCAAAUUUGACGAUGAGCAUGGUCCUCACUCCUCUCAACAGCCGGUACCACAAGUGCGUUCGGUAUUUGGCGUGGACACGCUUUGGGAACGCGAGAUGGCCAAACUGAAAGUAAUAGAGGCCCAAGAAGCUGCUGAACGAGAGAGGCGAGAAAGAGAGGAGGCGGCCAAAUCUAAGAAGAACAGGAAGAAGGGGAAGAAAGGUACAGAACAUCUCGGCAAUGAUGGGGAGGGAUCGUCACCUCAACACCUUCCUGUCCAAGCGGUCACACUCAAUGGGGGACGUGGUGAUGAUUUUCCCAAGGUCUCUGACGUCGCACCAGUCUUACCCGAUAUUCCAACUUCAAGAUCGGCUGGGCGCUCAGCACUCUCCGCCAAUGCCCCUGUCAUCAGAGGGCCGCCACCCGUUAUCGACGAUAACGGUUCUGACAGCGAAGAAAGCAUUCGGGAAUCACGUAAACCUACGAAGACGGAAGGCUGGCACUCUUCAGAAGAAGAAGACGGCGACGAUAGCCGUAGGCGGACAACUGGAGUGGGAUUGAGAUAUCCCAAUAGUAAAGCCGACCUAAAUCGUCCACUACCCGCCAAUGAACUCCGUAGGGACGAUAGUGACGAAGACAUUCCCCUGUCAAUGACUAUGCAACGCUCUACACUUCGUACCACUCAGCAAUUUCAGGAAGAUGAAUCCGACGAAGAUAAGCCUUUAUCCAUCUUUCUGGACAAAACUCGUCUCAACCUUCCCCCGGUAAACUUUGAUGGCCCCAAAAAGAGCCAGGACGACGGUGACGAUGAACCCCUUGGAUUACGAACCUCCAGAAUGAUACCCUCAUCUCAUGGACAUGACGACGAUGUACCUCUCGCCUUCCAUCCCCAGCAGCAGUUCAAAUCCCAGCAUCAGAUGCUUCAACAGCAACAAAUGAUGCAGCAGCAGCAGCAGCAGAUGAUGAUGCAGAACAACAUGUUUUUUACUCCUUCCAUGUCUGGAUUCUUCCCUCCGAUGAUGCCAUCGAUGCUUCAAGUUCCCAUUCCUAUGCCUUCACCGCCUCCGGUACAAGACACCUCCAAACUUAAUCGUGUUGAUCGUUGGAGGCAUGACGUUGCAAUUGAAUCGUAGUUGUGUACCACUAGUAGGAGUACUAAAUAAUAUUAGAUACACUCCACUUGGAAUUCAGGUUGAGUUGGUUAAGCAAAUA